UAUUACGCGUAGAAUAUUGUUGGAGAGAGAGAGGGGGGAGAGAGAAAAUUAGAGAUAGGGGGAAAAUCCAUUCUGGGUAAAUCCGUCUGAGACAAACAACAACAACAAAGGCAGCUAGUUCUUGAUCACCACUUCCUUCCCAACAACAAAAAGACUCUCUCUUUUCUCCCCCUUUUGUUCUCCAAACCCCAUUUCUUUAAACUCUUUGAAUUGGGGAUUUUCUUGAAUUUUUUUUGAGAAAAAGACAAUCUUUUUCUGUAUUUGGACUUUUUUUUCUUUAUAAGGGAUGUUGGAAGUUGUUUAAUAAAAGGAGAAGAGGAGGAGUUUGAUUCUUAUUUGGGAUUGGAAAGUUGGAAUUUUUGGGUUGUUUUUGUUUCAUUUCAAAUUUUCAGAGUUAUGGUUCGUGAGAAACAUAAACCUCUGAAGCUUUAUCAGGUUUGGAAGGGAAGUAAUAAAUUCUUAUUGGGAGGAAGAUUGAUCUUCGGUCCGGAUGUGUCAUCGUUGUUUCUAUCAACACUUUUGAUUGCUGGCCCAGCACUUGCUUUUUGUAUAAAAGUCUCUUGUGUAAUCAGACAUCGUAUCAGAGAGCACAAAGAUGCCGGUCCUUGGUAUCCUAUACUUGUAAUUGGAGCAGUUCUUACUAUUAUGGAUAUAGUUUUUCUCUUUUUAACAUCUAGUAGAGAUCCUGGAAUUGUCCCACGAAACAUAACUCCUCCUGAAUCUGACGAAACAUUUGAUAUACAUACCCCUUCCAUGGAGUGGGUCAACGGUAGAACUCCUCAUUUGAAACUUCCACGAGCAAAGGAUGUAAUCGUGAAUGGACACACAGUUAAAGUCAAGUACUGUGAUACAUGUUUGCUGUACCGGCCUCCUCGUUCCUCUCAUUGUUCGAUCUGCAACAAUUGUGUUCAAAGAUUUGAUCAUCACUGUCCCUGGGUUGGCCAAUGCAUUGGGCUUCGGAAUUACAGAUUCUUCUACUUGUUCAUAUCUACAUCAACUAUAUUAUGCAUAUAUGUCUUUGUCAUAUCCUUGGUCAAUAUCCUUCAUCGUGGCGGCAACUUAUGGAGAGCUAUUUCACAAGAUAUCUUGUCAGAUGUUCUCAUUAUAUACUGCUUCAUUGCUGUUUGGUUUGUUGGUGGCCUUACUAUUUUUCAUUUUUACCUGAUUAGCACUAACCAGACUACUUAUGAGAACUUCAGGUAUCGAUAUGAUAAGAAGGAGAAUCCCUAUAAUAGGGGGACAAUUGAAAAUAUCAAAGAAGUUUUCUUUUCCAAGAUCCCACCUUCCUUAAAUAAUUUUCGAGCAGUUUUUAAAGAAAAUGACAUUGUAAUGGUUGAGCCAACAACUUCCAACUUUGUGGGAAAUAUCCAUAGCUCAAAAGAGAAGAUAGAUAUUGAGAUGGGAACAAUGUUUCCAGAGGAUAGUGGCCUAUCACUUCCUGAAAUUUUGCGGAAUUUGGAAUAUGAGGAGAUAGAUGAUACUUUAAAAAGCAGGGAAUGGACCAGAGAUGCUUAUUCUGAUUCUGGUGAGCAUAUACGGAGCAUCACCAGCUUAAAGGAGACAAUUGAUACUGAGGUGGGAGAUAACUUUGCAGAAGAUAAAGGAACUGGACAGGCAGAAAUUUCGCAGAAUAUGAAUGGUGAUAGCAUGGAGAAAAAUUUCAAAAACAAGGAUGAAGGUGGGAGAACUGAUUAUGAACCUUUCUGGUUUUCACUUGAACAAGAAAAAGAAAGUGUAAAGAGCUCCACUCUAGGAAGUGCAUCUAAUGUAGAAGAGAACUCAGAAGAAGUAAGUAGCUCGGCUCUGUAUAUGACACCAAUAAAUGAUCAUAGCCCAAAGGUAUAGCAUACACAUUAUAAGGAACUCUCCCUUGAGUCUUUUGUGUUUACCUAGUGGCAGCUUGGGAACACUUGACCAAGAUUCACGGCUUUUCAAAUUAUCAUGUUCAAGAUCAGCAACAUAUGGAAAAAAUUAUGUUUGAAAUAAUGCAGGGUCUUGCUUGAGAUGAGAGCAGAUCAUGUUGGAGUUCAACAUUGUAGAUAGAUUGAUCAGUAGCUCCUUUCUUUGUUCAUUCUUUUGUCCAAUUCCAUCCAAGUCUUUUUUCAUUCUCUUACAAAGUCAGUGUGCAUAGUUUGUGUAUCAUGUGAAGCUUCUGGGUGAUAGGAAAUUUAUUGGAGAAACAAAUAGAUAGAUUCUUUUCUGUAAAUUUGAUUUUUGCAGCUUCUUAUCCCUGAUUUGUUUUCUAUUGGUAUGGUUUGUUUAAUUUUCUUUUUUGAAUUGGUCUCAUGAUAAAUACCAAAGGAAUUUGAGUAUU